AGGGGCGAGAGAACCGGGAGAGGCUGGCAGGCGGGAGGCGGCGGCGGCGAGUGGUUAGCGUCCGGCAGGUGCUGCGUCGAAGUCCCGCGCCGCACUCCCGCCAACCUCCCCGCGCCCUUCACGCACUCCCGGAGCGCGCAGCCGGGCGGGCGAGGGUCUCCUCGAGGCCGCGCUCCGGGAGCUGCCUGCUGGCCUUGGGCGGGGCGAGGGGCCCGCAGCCGCGCUCUCCCGCUCCCUCCUCUCCCGCUGGGAGCUGGCGGCCGCGGCGGCCGCGGGAGAGGGGAGCGGCGCCCGGGGCAGGGGUGGGAAGGGGCGGGGAGGGGGGAGGGAGGCGGCGGGCAAGGGGAUCGGGCCGCCAUGGACGAUAAGGCGUUCACCAAGGAGCUGGACCAGUGGGUCGAGCAGCUGAACGAGUGUAAACAGCUUAACGAGAAUCAAGUGCGGACGCUGUGUGAAAAGGCUAAGGAAAUUUUAACGAAAGAGUCAAAUGUGCAAGAGGUGCGUUGUCCUGUUACGGUGUGUGGAGAUGUGCAUGGUCAAUUCCAUGACCUUAUGGAACUCUUUAGAAUUGGUGGGAAAUCACCAGAUACAAACUAUCUAUUCAUGGGCGACUAUGUAGACAGAGGCUAUUACUCAGUGGAGACUGUGACUCUUCUUGUGGCAUUAAAGGUGCGUUAUCCAGAACGCAUUACAAUAUUGAGAGGAAACCACGAAAGCCGACAAAUUACCCAAGUGUAUGGCUUUUAUGAUGAAUGCCUACGAAAGUAUGGAAAUGCCAAUGUUUGGAAAUACUUUACAGAUCUAUUUGAUUAUCUUCCACUUACAGCUUUAGUAGAUGGACAGAUAUUCUGCCUCCACGGUGGCCUCUCUCCAUCCAUAGAUACACUGGAUCAUAUAAGAGCUUUGGAUCGUUUACAAGAAGUUCCACAUGAGGGCCCAAUGUGUGAUCUGUUGUGGUCAGAUCCAGAUGAUCGUGGCGGAUGGGGUAUCUCACCACGUGGUGCUGGCUACACAUUUGGACAGGACAUUUCUGAAACAUUUAACCAUGCCAAUGGUCUCACACUGGUUUCUCGAGCUCACCAACUUGUAAUGGAGGGAUACAAUUGGUGUCAUGAUCGGAAUGUGGUUACCAUUUUCAGUGCACCCAAUUACUGUUACCGUUGUGGGAACCAGGCUGCUAUCAUGGAAUUAGAUGACACUUUAAAAUACUCCUUCCUUCAGUUUGACCCAGCACCUCGUCGUGGAGAGCCUCAUGUUACCCGGCGCACCCCCGACUACUUCCUGUAAAUUCCUCCUGGGAAAAACCUGCCUUUGUAUGUGGAAGUAUACCUGGCUUUU